GAUAAGAUACCUACGGCUAUAAAAAAGAUUCUACCCAACAGUUCACUUUAGUUCGAGUUUUCUGUUAUCGUUGACAACAAACAAUUUAAAAAUAUGGCAGCUUACUAUUGGGUUGACACAUACGCUCGCGGUGGAGUACCAUCUUCUGCUCUUCGUGGAGGCACUGACGUCGACGGGUACGAAAUCUAUGUCGGCAGAGCUCACUAUGAAGGAGAUUGGCUUCCAGCAAAAGUAAUUCCAGGCAAAGAUAUCGCCUACGUAUCUUACAAUGGAUCCGAGAUUGGAGUUCAACGCUUCCAGGUUCUCUGUGAACAACAAUUCGACUGGGUACCAUGUCACGGAAGCAACAUUCCACCAGAUGCAGUGGAAGGAGGUAGAACGUCAGAUGGUGAACCUUUAUACAUUGGCAGAGCUUACCAUGAAGGUUCCCAAACAGUAGGAAAGGUUCACCCAAGUCACGGUGUGUGCUACGUACCAUUCAACGGAGGCGAACACAGCCAUUCUAGUUACGAAAUUUUGGUCCUUAGGCAUUAAAUAUUUAUUUUUUAAGUUAUUUAUUUUUAAAUAAAACUUUUACACCCACCAACAAUUUUGUGCAUUUCUUGCUUUUUUAAUAUAAAAUCAUAAACGAAUGUAA